AUGGGAGGUAGAUGGAGAACGGACGAUCCCCAGGUAAACGCGGAGAUGAAGACGCUCGAAAACCUUAGGAACCCCAAGCGUCCUAGAGGUAGACCACCAAAGGUUAAGGCUGAUAGUGAAGCCAAGGUCCCCAAAAGGAGAGGUAGACCACCAAAGGCUAAGGUAGCUGCAAAACCUGAGAUUAUGGUCUCCAAACCACCAAAGGCUAAGGUAAGUAAAACACCAGAAGCUAAGGUCCCCAAAAGAAGAGGUAGACCACCAAAGGCUAAGGUAGCUGAAACACCGAAACCUAAAGCUAGAAGACAAACAGUCGCGGAGAGGUUCAUAAGUCAGAACCGAAUAAAACUCUCAGUUCCCGCGGAUAGCGUUAUAACUCAGGUGGGACCAAAUAAGUUCACGGUGACUGUGGACCUCAGCAAGAAACCAAUAAGGAAAGCUCCUGAGGUACCAAAGGGUGUGGCUCCAUGGAAACCUAGGGAAAGACCAGUUCCCAAACCAAGAACUGUAAUUCCUAGGGAAAGACCAGUUCCCAAACCAAGAACUGUAAUUCCUAGGGAAAGACCAGUUCCCAAGCCUAGGACUAAAAAGCCAGUGCCUCCUCCAAAGUUAAGGAAGCCUGUGAAGGUAACUAAGGAAGUUGGGGAACAGCCGGUAGUGGUCGCACCAGAGGAACAUGAAAUCGAUCCUUUUGGAACAUACCUUGAGAAGCCAUCCUAUAGGAAAAUAGAAACUGCCGCAAAUGGUGCCGCUGUGACUUAUUCCAUAACUCCAAAUUAUAUGGAUCCCCUAGACCAGAUGACCGCGAGUAGGCAGGUGGUGAGGGGAAUAUUAGUAAAUGAGCUGAAGAGAAUGGGAGGUCUGAAAUAUACGGAAACCAUCAAGGUAAGAAUGUCGAAGGAAAUCGGAAAUGAUAAAACAAAGAAGGAUUCAAUAUACUUCAAGUCAAAAACAGGAACCGCAACCAACUUCGAGGACAUUGAAAGCACUGCAGCCCAAAACCAACUGACAAUCUUAUCUAGAAUUGAAACCUUCCAGAACUUAGGUUCAAACUGGAUCAUAUUAAAUAUUGAGAGCCAUUACGUUAAUAUUGCGAUGUAUAAACCUCUAAAGGGUAGUUCAUAUAUGAAGUUACCCGCAGACAUCAGCAAUCCAAAAUGCGGCCUCAUAAAUAUGCAAAACAAUGACAAUAAAUGUUUUAUGUGGAGUCAUCUGAGACAUGUGAGACCAAGGGCUAGAAGAGCAACCACCAUAACACGGCAGGACAGAGAGUUCGCGAAAAACCUAGACUAUGAGGGAAUAGACUUCCCCGUGAAAAUAAGCGACAUUGAUAAAAUUGAGAGGAAGAACUCCAUAAGCAUAUCAGUGUUUGGUUAUAGUGGUAAAAAGCAGUUCUAUCCUAUAAGAAACUCUAAGACCAAAUAUGACGAGCAUAUGGAGCUGCUGCUGUUGGGUGACAACGAGGGUGGUAACCACUACGUUCUAAUAAAGGAUAUAAACAGAAUGCUCUUCAGUGUUAGCGGAAACUCAAACAAGAAACACUUCUGCCUACACUGCCUUCACAGUUGCGUUAGUGAGGAGUCACUGGAAAAACAUCGUGAAACAUGUAUUGAGGUAAAUGGAACUCAAGCCACAAAGCUUCCGAGUGAGGGUACAAAAAUAAAGUUCAAAAACCAUAGGAACUCAAUGCCCGCACCAUUUGUAAUAUACGCCGAUUUUGAGUGCAUACUAGUUCCAGAAGAGAGAAAACUUGAUUCUGAAGACCCUGAGGACAAGAGUACUACAGAACUAUACCAGACCCACAAGGCCUGUAGUUUUGGGCUUAAAACAGUGUGCCACUACGAUGACCAGUACUCCGGUGAAUAUAUAAGCUACGUUGGUGAAGAUGCCACAGUGGUCUUUUUGAAGACCGUACUGAAGGAGUCCAUUAAGUGCCGAGAGAUGGUAAAUAAAAUAUUCAAGAAAAAGAUGGAAAUCACACCAGAGCAAGAAGCUGAGUUCUGGAUGACAAGGAACUGCUCCAUAUGUGGCAACGACUUAGGUGAUGACAGAGUGAGAGACCACGACCACGUAACUGGACUGUACCGUGGAGCUGCCCAUAAUAUGUGCAACCUAAAAUAUAGAAUCACAUGGAAAGUUCCAGUGGUCUUCCAUAACCUAAGAGGUUAUGAUAGUCAUCUAAUAAUGCAGGAAAUUGGUAAGUUUAAGAUGAACAUCAACGUGGUCCCAAAUAACAUGGAAAAAUACAUUUCCUUCUCACUAGGUAAAAGUCUUGUGUUCAUUGACUCAAUACAAUUCAUGGCUUCUUCCCUGGAGGCACUUGUGAGUAACCUUUCACCUGAAGACUUCAAGAUAGUCGGUCAGCGGUGGCAAGGUGAGGACUUCGAUCUUGUGAGACAAAAAGGUAUAUUCCCUUACGAAUACCUGGAUGACAUAAGUAAACUUGAUACUGAGGGACUUCCAAGUAAAGACAAAUUCUACUCAUCUCUAUAUGAGUCUGAAGUGAAAGAAGAAGAUUACCAGAGAGCUCUAAAAGUCUGGGAUCACUUCAAGAUGAAAACAAUGAGAGACUACCACGAUCUUUACCUGGAGACUGACGUUCUUCUUCUAGCAGAUGUUUUCGAGAAUUUCAGGAGGACCUGCCUGGAAAACUACAAGCUUCACCCUGCUCACUACAUAUCAGCACCAAGUCUAAGUUGGGACGCAUUCCUAAAACAGUCAGGAGAGGAAAUAGAAUUGGUAAGUGAUAUGGACAUGUUCCAGUUCUUUGAGAAGGGAAUGAGAGGUGGGAUAAGCCAUAUUGCCCAUAGACACUCCACGGCGAAUAAUAAGUACAUGGAAACGUACGACGAGACAUCUGAAAAUAAGUUCCUUAUGUACCUCGACGCCAACAAUUUGUAUGGCUGGGCAAUGUCUCAACCUCUGCCUAACGGUGAAUUUGAGUGGGUUGAGGAAGUUGAUAAAAUAAACCUAGAUGACUACCUUGGAGACAGCGGAAGGAGUAUGGUCCUUGAGGUUGACAUGGAAUAUCCAAAAGAACUUCACGAUCUCCAUAACGGUUAUCCUCUAGCCCCGGAGAGUAAGGAGAUCGAUGCGUCAAUGUUGUCGGACUACGCGAAGAGUAUUGCUGAGAAAUUCCAGCUUACAAUCGGAGGAGUAAGAAAACUGGUGAACUCACUAGGUCCUAGGAAGAACUACGUCCUACAUGCCCGUAACUUGAAACUCUACAUGGAUCUCGGAAUAAAACUUGUAAAGGUCCAUAGAGCAGUCUCCUUCAAGCAGUCAACUUGGAUGAAAAACUAUAUUGACUUCAAUACUCAAAAACGGGCAGUAGCUAAGAAUGCGUUUGAGAAAAACUUCUUCAAGCUUAUGAACAAUUCCAUCUACGGAAAGACUAUGGAAAAUUUGAGGAAGAGAGUUGACGUAAAAUUGGUGUCAUCGGAAAAUGACCUCCUAAAACUUACAGCAUCGCCGUGCUUCCAAUCACAUAGGAUUAUGAAUGAGAACUUAAUUGUGGUAAAGAGAAUGAAGGAAGUUCUAACUCUGAAUAAACCGUGCUAUGUGGGAAUGAGUAUAUUAGACUUAUCCAAUACUUUAAUGUACGACUUCCAUUACAACACAAUCAAGAAGGAGUACGGUAAUAAGUCGAAGCUUCUAUUCACAGACACUGACAGUCUAAUGUACGAGAUUAAGACUGAUGACGUGUAUGAGGACUUCAAGAGGAUAGGUCAGGAGAAGGACGCUGGGACAACUCAGAUUAUCCGAAAGAUUCUCCAUAUUACUCAGCUCACAAUAAGAAGGUAAUUGGAAAGUUUAAGGACGAAGCUGAAGGAGUACCAGUGAUUGAAUUCGUAGGGUUAAGGUCAAAGAUGUACUCCUACGUAAAGGAGAGCGGCGGAGGUGGAAUGACAGCGAAAGGUGUGAAAAAGUACGUGAUCAGAAACAAACUCACUCACGAAAACUUUAAGAACAUAAUCAAGACCAAAGGUAGGAUGAGACAUAAGAUGAACACGAUCAGAAGCAUCAAGCAUAAAAUCGGAACUUACGAACUGAAGAAAAUUACACUCAGCUGUUUCGAUGAUAAAAGAUACCUACUUGAAGAUGGUGUUACAAGUUACGCGUACGGACAUCACUCAAUAGGAAAAGUAAAUUGUUAAAUAAUGUUGAAAAAAUAAUGCUGAAAAAUAAUAGAAAAAUAAUAGAAAAAAUAAUACCAAAAAUAAUAGAAAAAUGGUCUAGAAAAAUAUGAGCCCGCGUUUUUGAGGGAAAAAUAUGGAAACCGCUGACCGGAAGUUGGGUGAGAUCGCGGGCCGAAAAAGUGGUCUAGAACCCUCAUUCGCUAUACUACUGCUUACGCCACUUAGCAACUGCUCACUGAAUGGAACUCUCCGAUAUUUAGCGUUAAUUUUUCUCCCAAGAUCAGCGCAACAGUCUUGUAAGACAGCUAAAUCCUUCACCGCAAAUGCGGAUUGAACCGUUUCGUUAAUACUACAAGGACUGGAGUCUGGAGCAGCAGACAUUUCCGAAUUUUCCGUCGAUAUCUUUAAAUUGAAUCUUUUGACAAAGCACUAACAUGACACUUUGAAUGAGCGCGCGCUCGGAAAGACUUUACAACGCGUCAAAUGUUAAUGAUAUUCCGACCAAUGGGGCGCCCCUGAAUUUUGUAAAUCGGUCAGAACUCCCCACAGAUCAGUCAAAAUCGCAAAAAAUCUCUUGUUUCCAUGGCAAUAAGCGUCUAGACCAAUCAGAACACUGGGUUUUGACUUUUUGACUGACCGACUUUGCGUAUGUCAGCUGCUCAUUGACUUGACCAAGCUCGUCGGCACAACUACUAGUACUGUAUGAAAUUUGAUCACUGGACUACAGUUCGAUUGGAAUGUUAAUUGCUAGCGCUGGUCGAAUAUUUAAGAUUUUAAUAGAGUUUGCAAUUUUUACGUUAGUCGCGUGACUGGUUUGACGACCCCUAGAUCCGCGCCUGACCGUAUUUAUAUAUGAUUUUGACAAACUCAAACCGUUUUCGGUGUCUGAAAUUCAGACACCUAAUUUAUCUCUGCAUGGUUGGUAUUAAUAUAUGAUUUUGACAAAUUCAAAUCAUUUUGGGUGUCUGAAAAUCCGACACCUAAUUUAUCUCUGCAUAGUUGGUAG